AUGGACACUGAACAAGUCCCCAUGAGGAGUCCAGAGUGCCCAGCGAUGACGUCUGAACGCAUUUAUUACAUGCCGCAUCACGAAGUUAUGAAGGAGCAGUCGUCGUCGACCAAAAUUCGGAUAGUUUUCGACGCGUCGUCUCACGCCCGCGCUUGCACUUCACUGAACGACCACUUAGAAAAGGGUCCUAAGCAGCACCCAGAUCCGGAUGAAGUCCAUAGGAAUGACCGGAGAUAUCCAGAAAGCUUCCUAUGGUUCGACGAAAUUUCACCGCACUCAGCUAACACAGAAAAUAUUGUAGAGUGGCGCAUGACCAGAGUGCCGUUCGGUACCACCGCGAGUGCGUUCCUGCUUUCUGCCACUCCCAAUCAUCAUUUGGCCAAUGCAGGGCAGCGGUUCAAACGGACUGCAGAAAUUAUGAUGAAGUCCUUUUAUGUGGAUGAUCUUGUCUUCGGAGCCGAUUCUGCUGUUGACGCUUUACAGCUAUACAACGAAGCAAAAAUUAUCUUGUGCAGUGCGAAAAUGGUGUUGAAGAAAUGGUCGUCAAAUUCUCCAGAGCUACGAGAUAAGUUCCAACAAGACGGGGUAAGCGCCCCUACACAGCCAUUCUGUUCCAAAAUAAAGGUCCUCGGAAUAGUGUGGAAUACACAGGACGAUUGUCUAGCGGUCGACAUCGAGGGCAUCCUAAGGGCCAGUUCUCACUUGGCGACGCCCGACGCGGCGACGUGA